UCCUGUGCACACUGUCUAAAAUUACCCUAGAGCUUUCAUGCUCUUCUCCCAUCAGCAGAUCCCAGAAUUUGCUCUAUGCGGAUUUUUCACACAAGGAUAGGAACCCAAAUUAUCAGAUAUUGGUGAAGUCGGUAAUGGAGCCUGACCAACUGAAGGAACUUGAAGUUGUCAGACCAAAUGAUGUUGAUUCAUCUAUAGAUCAAGCAGAACAAAGUCAAUCUAAAGAAGAAGAAAAUGAGCCAGAGCAGAAGGGCCUAAUGUUUUAUCACACUGACCUGUAUGAUUCACAGAGCAGAUUAGAAAUAUUUCCAGAAACAGGAAAAGAGGAGGAAAUACAUAAACAAAGUGAUGAACCCAAAGAUGUAUAUACUGCUGGUUCAGACCAGACACAGUUGGAUUUACAAAAAGAAGUUGAUGAACUGGCAAAACUGUAUGGACUGUCUGAGGAUAAAGAUUCUGAAGAAUUUCUGUUCUUAACAGAACCAUUUAACCAAAUGCCCACAAAACUGAAUGUUCCUCACCCAGUGCAAAUCAUUCAACAUCCUAAACAAAAUACAGAAGAGAACCAAUCUGAACAAGAAGAUGAAGAUCCUAAAGUUCUGGCAGAUGUUCCUCAUACAGACAAACAUGCUCAAAAAGAGGAUGUUAAAGAGGAAGUCAAAACAUCUUCCGAUACAUGUAGUCAAAGUGAAGAUGACAAACUACUGCAUCAAGAAAGUGUAAAUCCUGCAUCUUCAGAUGCUAGUUCUGAGCAUGCAGAUGUCAAACAAGAAAUCCAAGAACAACUUCCAACUGACAGCUGUGCAGAUGCAAGUUUCAUUGUUAACACAGCAGAUGGUACAGAGGUUUCCCGAGUUGAUUCGAGUAAUCAGGUCAAUGAAGACAGAGAAGAAGCACCAGACAUUUUCUGUCUUGUAUGCAAAACACCUAUUAGAGCCUUUGAAAAGCUGUUUGGCAUACAUAAAGAUCAUGAUGUCAAAGAAAUGAGUGCAGCUGUAGAAGACAUCAAGGAAGAAAUACACAAAAACAUGUGCAAACUGGAAGAGCAGAUGACACAGAUGGAGAAUUUUGCAGGACACCUGGAGGAGAUGUAUACCACUAUAGAGGAGAAUUCCGGGAGGCAGGAGCAGAACCUGGAGUUACAUUACACAGAAGUGAUGGAUGCUAUUGCAUCUAAGAUUGAAGAAGAAAUGCAAGCUCUUGGAGAAGAGAAGAGACUUAAACUGGAGACCUUAUUCGAGCAAUUAGUUGACUGUGGGAAAAGUCUUGACACUUCUAAAGAUUUAAUGGAGACUAUACAGCAGUUAUUCAAACAGAACGACAAAGUGGAAUUUGUGAGGACUGCACUUGAUACAACCAACAGAUUGCACCAAUACUUCAGUACUGAUAUCAACUUAAAUAUUUCAACAAAUGCAGAGUUUAAAAAUAUUAGUUUGGACGUCUCAGAAGUGGAGCAGCUUUUGGAUUCCGUUGAUACUCUCCCAGUUCCCUCAGCUCCUGUGAUCAACCCUCAGACACCCAAUUCUGCCACAGCGACAUCUCUCCGUGUGUGCUGGAGCCUGUUCUCUGAUGACACAGUGGAACAUUACCACCUCUACUAUAAACCAGUAUCUGAUGUUACUCCAGGGGAAAAUCGAGAAGAAUUCAUGAUAAGAGCCAAGGAAACCUACUGCACAGUAACCAACCUGCUGCCAAACACACAGUAUGAACUCUGGGUUAUUGCAAUAAAUGCCUCGGGUGAGAGCCCUGCAAGUGAAAGUGCCGUGUACGUGACAGCCCCAGCCCCUCCUAUCGUUAAAACCAGGGAAUGUCUGAGCUGUGAGAAUGCAGCUUUAAUCUGCUGGGAAUCCAGGAACAUUAACCCUGUUGAAUCUUACACAGUGGAGAUAUUCAAAGUGACAACAGAGACGCAAGAUAAUUUGGUCACUGAGUCUAUAGUUGGGAUUCCCAUCUGUGAAUCUCUUAUUCAGCUGAAGCCUAGUGAGACAUAUCACAUCAGCGUCAGAGCUGUGAAUGUGGGUGGCCCAAGCGAGAGCAGCAAAUCCGUUUCCAUUCACACUACAGGUUCAUAUUUUUAUCUUAAUGAAGAAACCGCUCAUCCUCUCCUGUCUGUUUCUGAUAAUGGAUUCACCAUUUCUUGUAAAGAAGAGGAAUGUUUAGAGGAUUUACCUUAUGACUGCAACAAAUUCUCAAGGUGCAUUGCUGUCUUGGCAAAUCUCAUCCCCUUCAAGGGGAAACACUACUGGGAGGUGGAGGUUGAUGAACACACAGAGUACCGGGUUGGAGUAGCCUAUGAAGAUAUAAACAGGAGUGCAGUGUUUGGGGCUAACAAUAGCUCUUGGUGCCUCCGACACAUCCAGACACCCACAAGGCACAGAUAUUAAUUUUUACACUGCGGUGUGUCGCCAGAUAUUCGGGUAUCUAUACCACCACUAAGGAUUGGAAUCUUGCUUGAUUAUGAUUGUGAAAGAUUAGCAUUUUUCAACAUUGACAAUCUCCAGCACCUGUACACAUUUGAAUGCCAGUUCCGCCAUCUAGUGCACCCAUGUUUUGCUUUGGAAAAACCAGGACGUUUGAAGAUACAUAAUGGAAUUCCAAUUCCUCAGUCCCUGUCCUUGCCCUAAAAAAUAGAAAGCCCUUAAAGGAACUGUUGGAAACCUGCAGAAUCUUCUGCAUGAGGUGGCUGCAUUGCUGUAUAAUACUCCAAUAAAAUAUAAU